AUGAAACCCGAAUGGUUACUUCAAUUUUAUGGAGCUCUUACAAUUUUUUCUAGUUUUACCCACUAUGCUGACUGUAGUCACUUUCGUGGUGGCAUUUUCAUGUGGAAGCCGACGAAUACUGGAACUGGAUCUCAGGUGUCUAUUACCUUCCGCAUGGCAUGGAGAAGGUCGUAUUCUUCAGCUACAUACUGUGAUCAAUCCACAAUAAACCAGGGAGGGUUGAUAGCAUAUAUGGGAUCCAUUUCAUGUUUUGGAUGUCAACAUUAUAUCUGGAGUAGCACUGAUGUCACCAUGACAAAUACGUCUUUUGUCUGUACUGACUACAGCAUACAGGAAGACUGGACGCAAGGAGAAAGAACCUUUCUAUAUAAUUUUGGAAAUUCAAUUACUUACUUUGGUUUUACUGGGAACGCUUGGAUAUCACUUGUUUAUGGUGGCGGGAAUUGGGAAAUGCGUACAAAAGUGAACCUUAGUGUACGAGCCGAUACAGGUUUGAUCAACACAUCCCCAACUUCGGCUAUGCCUGCUAUUGUUCGACUACAACAUGGGUGUGAUCACAAUAUCACGAUACCUGUCUUCGACAAAGAUAAUGAUGUUAUUAAAUGCAGGUGGGCUAAAUCUGAAUACAAUGAAUGCGGUGGCGUUUGUUCUACUUUUAAACAUGCUUCAUUAAACGAGAACUGCGAGAUUCGCUACUCAGCAAUCUAUCAAAUUGGAUGGUAUGCAGUUGCAAUACAAAUAGAGGAUUUUGCAUCCGAAAAUUCAACAACAUCACUUAGCAGUAUACCUCUCCAAUUUUUAGUGAACGUUUUUCAGUCGUCUAAAAAAUGUAAAAAUAGACCUGUGUUUUUACUACCUACAAGACAAGAUGGUGCGUGCGUGGGAGUGCCUUAUCCUUCAACAUGGAGUGAGAAAAUUAUUGCAAAAGCGAGUCAAAAUGAAAGCAUCAGCGAGAUUAACACAGUGUCUCCUACUGGUUUUAAGAAGUCCAAUCUUAGUCGGUAUGAUAACUCAGGAGAGGAAUGGUACGUAAAUGUCACGUGGACUCCGAAAGCCAAUCAAGCUGGAGAACAUCCUUUCUGUUAUACCGCAAGUGACACUGAUGGAUUGGUUUCAGAAAGAAUUUGUAUAGAGUUGCUCGUGGGAGUUGCCCCUCCAGAGAUUGUAUCUCUUUCUCCAACGCAUGAUGUUUACCCCACACUGAAUUCAUUCACCAUAUAUUAUGACACAAUGUUUGUGCGUCCAACACGUACGACAUACUUUUAUGUUUACACACGAAACAACACCUUAGUCUCCAAAAUCGAUGUUUCACAAGAUUGGAGAGUGACAUAUCCUGCUGCAUCAGAUAGUUCUUUUCCCUGGAAAUUAGAAAUACCUGUAAAUUUUAGACUACAGGAAAAAGAAUUUUACUACAUAAAAAUGGACCCAGGGGUUGCAAAGGGUACUUCAGGGUGUGGUGCUGAAUCAGCUGCUCUCUGGAAUACUAGAGAUUGGACAUUCCGUGUCCGUGAGUAG